CGGAUGACUACAGAGAAGGCAGCAGCCGGAGUAUUUAAAGUGUCCAGAGCGGCAGGUCGCAGUGAGUCAGCCCGAGUGUUCGGAGCAGGAGCGGGGCAGCAUCAGCGCGGCUCUGCGGUCUGACAGUUCACCUCCACCUGUUGCUGAUUGGACGGGGACAUAGUGACGGAGUCCGCUGGAGAAAAGUGUCUGAUUCAAGCUUCGCUCACCGGGACACUUGGACUUUACUCCGCCAGAGUUUAUUCUCAGAGACAUAACGACACAAUGCCGCCGGUGUUAACCAUGUCCAGCACAAACUAUGAUUACGACUACGACACAGUCCAGCCCUUAUUCUUCUUGGAUGGCGAGGAGGAGGACUUCUACCCUCCUCCACGUAGCCAGCUCCUCCCAGGCCCCGGUGAGGACAUCUGGAAGAAAUUCGAGCUGCUGCCGACGCCUCCCCUGUCCCCCAACCGGAGACCCUCCCUGUCCGAUGUCCCGCUGUCUGCCUCAGAUCACCUGGAGGCGGUGUCCGACCUCCUGGACGGGGAUUGCAGUCCCUCCGCUGCCUUCCUCCAGUCCUUCAUCAUCCAGGACUGCAUGUGGAGCAGCAGCUUCGCCGCCGCCACCAAGCUGGAGAAGGUGGUGUCUGAGAGGCUGGCCUCGCUCCGGUCCCGCCAAGACUCCUCCACCACUACCACCACCAACACUAACGGCGUCACAGACCCAGCAGGUGAUCAGCAGGUGGGCAGGCCUCAGGUGAACACGGGGUACCUGCAGGACCUCCACACAGCAGCCACAGACUGUAUCGACCCCUCUGUGGUGUUCCCAUGCACCAAGCUGAUGGAGAAGAGCGGCGAUGGAGCAGCGAUGGAGGCGGGGUCAGAGCUGUGUCUGGACUCACCACCUCUCAGCAGCAGUGACAGUGAAUCAGAAGAAGAAGAAGAGGAGGAGGAGGAUGAAGAGAUCGACGUGGUGACGGUGGACAGGCGAAAGGCGUCACGGCGGUCAGACACCUCCCCGCUGGUCCUGAAACGCUCCCACGUCAACAUCCACCAACACAACUACGCCGCCCAGCAGCCCCCAGCGACCCGCGAGCAGCCCGCCGUGAAGCGGAUCAGGUCGGAGGUCGCCUGCUCUGCGCUGAGGCAGGGCGGCGGCCGCAGGUGCUGGAGUCCACGAUCAGACGGAGAGGACAGCGACGACAAACGCAGGACUCACAACGUGCUGGAGAGGCAGCGACGAAACGAGCUGAAGAUGAGCUUCUUGGCUCUGAGGGACCAAAUCCCGGCGGUGGCCAACAACGAUAAAGCAGCCAAGGUGGUGAUUCUGAAGAAGGCCACGGAGUUCAUCACGGAGAUCCGGGAGGACGAGAGGAGGCUGCAGACGAUGAAGGACGAGCUGAGGAAGAGGAGCAGACAGCUGAAGCACAGACUGGAGCAGCUCAGGACUUCACAUUAAACACUUAUUUAUUAGUUUUUGUUUUAUUCUUAUUUGUUCUGUCUGAACUUUCAGGCUGCAGCUCACGUCUUUAUGAUUCCCUGUCAUUUAUCGGUUUGUUCAGUAUCAUAACGACUGAUCACUGAGUUUGGCUGAGGAACUACGCGCUGACGGCUGGUCUGUCAUCAGCCAAACUGUCUGUGUUUGUAUUUAUUUUAUUUUUAUUGGAAACUGCACGUUUAAUUUAAGAUAUUUGUGUUUUCUGACUUCCUGCUGAGUGUUUAACAACCUGCUUUGUUCUGUCACUUCCUAAAAUGUGGAAUUCUUAUUGUAAUUUUCAAUUGAUUUAUUUUGCAAAUAGUUUAUUUUUAUAUUUUCUUAAGUUAAUUUUUUAAAAUAAAAAUCAGCUGCACAAAAAAGUACAUCAGACUCUUCAAAAUAAAAGCCCUUCAUACAUUGGGGGUCCUGUCAGUCCCACCAGGUGUGAGACUUUUUAUAAACAGCAAACUUCCAAACUUUUCCCUGACACUAAUAAUCAGGAUGCUGUUCCACCGUACAGCUUUAUUUCUAUACUCGUCUCUGUUAGAAGCCAGAGGUCAAAGGUCACAGAGGAGUUUUGUGGCCUCUGUCCGAUUCAGCAGCUUUUCUCUGAAGGGAGGAGAUGAGUUGCCUCAUCUAGAAAAGAGUCCCGCCGGC